UUCCAACACGGAACAUGAUUCGCGGUCUACGCCUGUUAUGUGUAGUUUCCGCUGGGGUGAGUUCAUUGAUCAAGUCUUACAAAUAUCCGACACGAUCUGUACCGAGUCAAUACCGACGAUACCCGGAUAUAGAAUCUCUCGCUGUCACAUUCUGGAACUUGUCGUCAACUAAUAUGGAGCUGAAAGGACGAGUGAUCGUCUACUCAAUCUUAGGAUGUCCUCACUGCAUGAAGGCCAAAAACACGUUACAGGAUCUGGGGGUCCCCUACACUGACAUUAGCCUGGAUGCCUACCCGCAAUGUCGAGAAGAAUUGAAGCAGCGAACUGGCAGACGCACUGUACCGCAGGUGUUCUUUAAUGCGAGACACAUAGGUGGAAAUGAUGACCUACAAAUACUGGUGAAUGACAAAAGUCAGUGGGAGGCAAGCAUUGAGGAGCUGAAGAACAAUGUAGCCGGAAGUGAUGCCCCACAGCCACCAGACCCCAGCACAGCUGUCAAAGACUCUGAUGCUGGCGAGUUUUCAUGUGAACCAGAUGAGUAUGCCAAGCUGGUACAGGACUUAAAGGCCAGUGGUCUUAUCAAGGACCACUCUAAGAUACUUACCACUUAUAAACGCUCCUUCGUGGGCCGUGAGUUUGUGGACUGGGUUGUCAAGACAAAGGAGCUUGAACGAGAUGCAGCUGUUGAGAUGGGUCAGGCCCUGAUUGAUAAGCACUUUGGUCACAAUGUGAAGAGUGAGGAAGUGUUCCAGGAUGCUCCAGACAAGUACUAUAGACUGUUGGAAGAUGAUGAGUCUUCGGCCCUUAAUGCGGGCGAAACGUCCCAGUGUGAACCAAGACCAGCUGAUGAACUGGGGGAGGAAAUCAGGAAACAGAUUCUGAAGAUAUACAAUACUUUUUUAUCAAAGGAUGGAAAGAAAGUGAACUACAAAGGUAUAGCUGAAAGCAAGGAGUUUGAAGUGUACGGAAGACUGACGAAGGAGCUUCAUCGUGUCCAAAUCUCAGAGGCUACUCGCGAAGAGAAGUUAUCAUUUUUCAUAAAUAUAUACAAUGCCCUGGUCAUCCAUGCCAAUGUGUCUGUUGGCCCAGCAACAAACCUCUGGCAGAGGUAUAAGUUUUUCAACACAACUCGUUACAUCAUUGGUGGAGAAUCCUACUCGCUCCAGGAUAUUGAGAAUGGUGUACUGCGGGCAAACAGAAAGGGUGUUGGUAUGUUCACUAGACCAUUUUCCCAGUCAGAGCCGCGCUUCAAAGUAGCUUUGGAGAAACAUGAGCCACUCAUUCACUUUGCACUUGUAUGUGGAGCCAAGAGUUGUCCGCCCAUAAAAACCUACUCCACAAAGGGUAUAUACGAACAACUGAAAGUUGCUGCUGAGGCUUUCCUUGAGGGUGAUGAUGGCUGUCAGAUUGACAUGAAAAAACGGCAGAUCAGACUUUCCAAGAUAUUGAAGUGGUAUCAGGAAGACUUUGGCAAGAAUAAAGAGGAGGUCUUACAGUGGAUCCAAGCACACAUGCCGGAGGGAGACAGGAAGUCACAGCUCACCGAACUGUUAGACAGCAAGAAGUACCGUGUAGACUACAUGGAUUAUGACUGGUCAGUCAACUCAUAGACCUUUAAUAUUCACAUCAUGGGGUACAUAAAGAAAAUGGAAACCACAAGAAGGAAAAAACAACCAGUAAUUUGAUAACUGGAAGAAAGAUGUCAUAGAAUAAAGUUUCAAACUACUCAAAAAAGCAUGAACUUACAAAAAAACCAUUACAGAAUUUGAAAACUGGAAAGAUUCUUGCAACAUUUCUUAAUUUCAAGCUACAGAAUUCUGGUACAAAAACCUCAUUUAAGUGGUUGAACUGAUAAAAAAAAGAAAUAUUUAUUUGUCUUGAUAAAGGUCUUUUCUCAGUUAGCUGUAGAACUGGCACAGAAACUAGUGUGUGAUAUUAUUGCAAUUCCAUAUUUAAUCAUGUAUGAUAUUUUAGAUAUAGUCUUUGGUUGGUUACUGUGAAAUCUUUACUUUCCUUAUGUAUAGAUAGAUAUUGCAUACUGCGAAAUGUUUGCCGCAGUUUACUUUUCAUCAUUUUACCCUUCACAAUGAGGGCAAAUUUAUCUUAAAAGGGAAUAUAAGUAGACAGAUAUAUAUAGCUAUUACAUUUUAAGGGCAAAAUUAAAACCGAGCGAACAGGGAGUUUACUGGUGAAGGCAGCUAUAUAUGUCUGGGUGACAGUUUCCUUGUAUAGAGUAAUAGGAACACAAUUCUGCAAAUUAAUUAUUCAAUAAAGACCUAAAUUGUGACAUGCCAUCAACCCUGUUGGAAGACGUGUAUUCAUGUUCAAAAAUCAAUCUUUGGUGCAAAUGUUUCCCAAGUUCAUGUCACCACAGAACGUGAUUACCAGGUAUGGGAAAAGCAAUGAAAUGAAAACAAAAAGGAAAUUAAUGAUUUCACAGUAAGUACACUAGGAAUCCAUUAACUUGGUAUGUGAAAUAAGCGCUUUAUACAUAUUCAUUUAUGUUCAUGUUCCAGCAUAAACUCUAGAUAGAGUGUUCAAACUUCCUUGUAACUUACUGAAAGUCAUGUGACAGCAACCAAGAAGUAGGGUCUUGACAUUGAAAAGGUAUUCACCUUCAGGUCAUGUCAGAGUUCACCCAGAUCAUCAACAAAGGGAAGUUUUAAUAAUUUAUCACCAGAACAAGGAAUCAGUUUUGAGUGCAAAAUCUUGAGCUUAAGCAUGACAACAUUUCCAUGAAUACAAACAAGUACAAGUCUUUGUAGCUGACUGUCCAUGUCAUUAAUCUGGAAAAUAAUACUAGAGUAGGAAUUGUGCAGUCUAGCAAGGCUCCACUUUAUAUAUUUAUUUAUACUCUUAUGUCAUAAAUUGUUACUAUAGCCAAUAAUAUAUGAAUAUAUGAUAUCCCCCUACAAAAAUAGUAUAAAAGAAUUGAUAUUGUUUUAUGUGCUUAUGCAUGUUUGUUAUAAGAUCUGACAUUUUUUCUUUAUACCAUUUUAUUUUGUAAAAAUAUUGACAGGCUAAAAAUUGUUCUCUUUUAUUUAUAUGAAAGAUAAUGUUAAAUUGUUCCAUAGAUGUUUUCAGGUUUUAUUGCCUUAUUGGACAUUAUUGUGUACGUAACGUUAUAAAACAACGUCUAGUUUUUGUGAUACAUUGAGUUCAUUUAUUUAUAGAAAGUAUUGCAAUGAGUUUCUAAUUUAUAAAGUUGCAAUUAGAUAUGUUUGACAUUCCUUUUAUUACACAGGUCAGCAAAUGAUCGUAAACCUGUUUUUUUGUUUAAAUUACAAAAUCAGAGCAAAUAGAAGAAGAAAGGCCAUGAUUUUGUCUUUGCAACAAUUUCAUGAUGCAUUUCUUUUUAGGUCACCUGAGAAAAAGUCUCAAGUGACCUAUUGCAGUCGCCUUUUGUCCGGUGGCGUCCGGCGUGCGUCCGUAAACAAUUUACAUUUUCAACUUUUCUCCAAAACCCCUGAACCAAUUUCAUUGAAAUUUUGCAGAAA